AUGCCAGUGUUGUAUCAUCUGACAUUACAGAAACCUACGGCUAUUACCAAGACAGUUUAUGGUAAUUUUUCUGGUCCUCGAUUUCAUGAAAUAAUUGUUGCUAAAGGACAAGUACUAGAGUUACUAAGAUCAGAUAAACAAGGGAAAUUAAAUGUGAUAAUAUCUAAAGAUAUUUUUGGUAUUAUAAGAAGUAUAUCUACGUUUCGAUUAACAGGAAGUAAUAAAGAUUAUAUAGUUAUAGGUAGUGACUCAGGUAGAUUAGUAAUAUUAGAAUAUAAUAAUGAAAAAAAUGAUUUUGUUAGAGUACAUUGUGAAACAUAUGGAAAGACAGGUAUCAGAAGAAUAAUCCCAGGAGAAUAUAUUGCUGUUGAUCCUAAAGGUAGAGCAUUAAUGAUAUGUGCUGUUGAAAAACAGAAAUUUGUAUAUAUUUUAAAUAGAGAUAAUAAAGAAAAUUUAACCAUAAGUAGUCCUUUAGAAGCUCAUAAAUCACAUUCCAUUUGUCAUGAUGUUGUAGGUUUAAAUGUAGGGUUUGAAAACCCUAUGUUUGUAUCUAUUGAACAGAAUUAUGAAUCUUUAGAUAAACAAAUAAAUGAAGAAUUAGAAAAUGAAAAUGAUGAUGAAGAUAAAAGUGAUGAAGAAAGGAAAGAUAGUAAUAAUGAUAUAAAUGAUAAACAUAUAACAAAGGAUGACAAAAAUAAUAAUUUCCAUUUAGAUUAUGCAAAGAAAGUUUUAUGCUUUUGGGAAUUAGAUUUAGGUUUAAAUCAUGUAAUAAAAAAACAUAUUUUACCUAUAGAUAUUACUGCUCAUUUAUUAAUACCUUUACCUGGUGGUCAACAAGGACCUAGUGGUGUUUUAAUUUGUUGUGAAAAUUUUAUAGUUUAUAAAAAAGUAGAUCAUGAAGAUAUAUAUUGUGCUUAUCCAAGAAGAUUAGAAAUAGGACAAGAUAAAAAUAUCUCUAUUAUUUGUUGGACUAUGCAUAGAAUAAAGAAAUUUUUUUUUAUACUUAUUCAAUCCGAAUAUGGAGAUUUAUAUAAAAUAGAAGUAGACCAUGAAGAUGGUAUUGUAAAAGAAAUUGUAUGUAAAUAUUUUGAUACAGUACCUAUAGCAAAUUCAAUAUCUGUUUUAAAAUCGGGAUCAUUAUUUGUUGCUGCUGAAUUUGGUAAUCAUUAUUUUUAUCAGUUCUCUGGAAUUGGUGAUGAUAAUAAACAGUUCAUGUGUACAUCUAAUCAUCCAUUAGGAAAAAAUGCUAUCAUAGCAUUUAAAACGAAUAAAUUAAAAAAUCUUUAUCUUGUUGAUCAAAUAUAUUCUCUUUCACCUAUAUUAGAUAUGAAAAUAAUUGAUGCUAAAAAUACACAUACUCCACAAAUAUAUACUUUAUGUGGAAGAGGUCCUAGAUCUUCUUUACGUAUCUUACAACAUGGGUUAAGUAUUGAAGAGCUAGCUGAUAAUGAAUUACCUGGUAAACCGAAAUAUAUAUGGACAAUAAAAAAAGAUAAUUUAAGUGAAUAUGAUGGAUAUAUUGUAGUCAGUUUUGAAGGUAGUACUUUAAUUCUAGAAAUAGGUGAAAGUGUUGAAGAAGUAUCAGAUACAUUAUUAUUAAAUAAUGUAACUACUUUACAUAUUAAUAUAUUAUAUGAUAAUUCGUUUAUUCAAGUAUAUGAUACAGGUAUUAGACAUAUAAAUGGUAAAAUUGUACAAGAAUGGGUAGCACCAAAAAAUAAACAAAUCAAAGCUGCAUCAUCUAAUAAUUCACAAAUUGUUAUAUCUUUAAGUGGUGGAGAACUUAUUUAUUUUGAAAUUGAUGAAUCACAUACUUUAGUAGAAAUAUUUAGAAAAAAUUUAAAUGUAGAAGUAUUAUGUUUAUCUAUACAACAAAUACCACCAAAUCGUGUAAGAGCUAACUUUUUAGCUGUAGGGUGUUUAGAUAAUGUUGUUAGAUUAUUAUCUAUAGAAAAAGAUAAAUAUUUCAAACAAUUAUCUACACAUUUAUUACCGAAUAAUUCAUCUCCACAAGAUAUUUGUAUUUCUGAAAUGAAUGAUAAUGGAAAUACUAAUAAAGAACGUAAUAUUAUUUUUUUAAAUAUUGGUUUGAAUACAGGUGUAUUAUUAAGGAGUAUUAUUGAUCCUAUUGCUGGUACAUUAAGUAAUCAUUAUUCCAAAUAUUUAGGAGCCAAAAGUAUAAAAAUAUGUCCUGUAAAUGUAAACAAAAAUCCAGCUCUUCUAGUACUUUGUGAAAAAACAUAUUUAUGUUAUAUGCAUCAAGGAAAAUUCCUAUAUUCUCCAUUAAAUUAUGAUAUGUUAGAAUAUGCUUCUUCUUUCUAUUCACCACAAUGUUCAGAUGGUUAUGUAGCUAUAUCAUCUAAUAGUUUGAGAAUAUUUCGAUUUUAUAGAUUAGGUGAAGUUUUUAGUCAAAACAUAUUGCAUUUGACUUUUACCCCACGAAAAAUCGUACCAUUGCCAUUCCCUUCUUUAUUUUAUGAUCAUGACUCAUCACUAGAAUUAGAAAGAAAGAAAAAAAUACGUAUGCUAGCCAUCAUUGAGGCAGAUCAUAAUUCGUAUGAUGAAAAUACGCAAAAAGAAAUACAAAAGGCUUUAAAGGAUAUAAAAUUGAGUGAUACAGAAAAGAGAAAAGAAAACAAUUAUGAAAAUAAUAAUAUGUAUCCUAAUGGUGAUGUGGAUAAUAUAGAUGUAAAUGAGUCUUCAAAUAUUAAUGAAGAAUUUAAUUCAAAUGAUAACAUUUCUUUAGAACAAAAUCAUAAAAAAGAUGUAUCAGAUAAUAAUAAAAAUGAUACAGAAAAUGCAAUGGAGACAUAUGAAAAUAAUACUUCAUUAAAUGAAUCGAAUGAUGAAGAAAAUGAAGAUGAGUAUUAUUAUGAUAGAAUAGGUACUUUUAAAGCAGGACAAGGAAAAUGGGGUUCAUGUAUAAAAAUUAUAAAUCCAGUAAAUUUACAAAUAUUAGAUAAAAUAUCUUUAGAUAUGGAAGAAGCUGCAUUAAGUGUAUGUGCAUGUGAAUUAGAAGCUUUACAUUGUCUUAUUGUUGGUACAACAACAAAUUUAUCAUUAAAAACAAAAACACUUACAUCAGCUUCUUUAAGAGUAUAUACGUAUGAUAUACAAUAUAAAUUGAAUUUAUUACAUAUAACACCUAUAGAAGAGCAACCAUAUUGUUUUUGCGCAUACAAUGGAAAAUUAAUUGCUUCCAUUGGCAAUAAAUUAAGAAUAUAUGCAUUAGGAAAAAAAAAAUUACUUAAAAAAUGUGAAUAUAAAGAUAUACCAGAAGCAAUUGUAUCUAUCAAAAUUUCUGGAAAUCGUAUCUUUGCAUGUGACAUCAGAGAAUCUGUGUUAAUAUUUUUUUAUGAUCCAAAUCAAAAUACCUUGAGAUUAAUUUCGGAUGACAUUAUUCCAAGAUGGAUAACCUGUUCUGAAAUUCUUGAUCAUCAUACGAUUAUGGCAGCGGAUAAAUUCGAUUCCGUUUUUAUUUUGAGGGUUCCGGAGGAGGCUAAACAAGACGAAUAUGGUAUAACAAAUAAAUGUUGGUAUGGUGGAGAAAUAAUGAACAGUUCAACUAAAAACAGAAAGCUGGAACAUAUGAUGAGUUUUCAUAUUGGAGAAAUAGUAACGUCCAUGCAAAAAGUCAGAUUAUCUCCUACCAGCAGUGAAUGUAUAAUUUAUUCGACUAUCAUGGGAACAAUAGGAGCUUUUAUUCCAUAUGAUAAUAAAGAAGAGCUUGAACUGACACAACAUUUAGAAAUAAUUUUACGAACAGAAAAGCCCCCCUUAUGUGGCAGAGAGCACAUAUUUUUUCGUUCGUACUAUCAUCCUGUUCAGAAUGUUGUCGAUGGAGAUUUGUGUGAACAAUUUUCAAGCUUGCCUUAUGAUGCGCAAACAAAAAUUGCAAAUGAUUUGGAAAGAACUCCAGAAGAUAUUUUAAGAAAACUGGAAGAUAUAAGAAAUAAAAUACUUUAA